AUGUUUUUCAGACAAGUCCAAUCUUUACAAACAUCAGAGAUCUCAUACGGGGGAAAAGCCAUAUUCCUGUUCUGA